GUCAGUGCUCCGUCGAUCGCGCGAAGACACCGUCGCGUCGCUCCGCGUUCGCGCUCCGACAUCGGCAUUACAUAAAUAUUCCAUUUUUUAUUCCAAACCGUAUAUCAAACGUGUAUUUCCUUGUUAAAGUGUAGCGUAUAGCUCAUAGUCAAUUUCUAAAAGUGAUUGAGUGCGUUCAAGAUUAAUCGGUUGAGUGAUUUCGGUUUGCGUUGGGAGCCGAUCGGGAAUGUGAGCCGCUGUGAUUGGUCGACGAUGGAAACCAUGGUGAACGUGUGGGCGGUGGUGGAGCACGUGAGGGUGGCCAGUGGAGCGGCGGAGCUGGCCAUCUUCACCGCCAUACUCUACUGGUUCUUUACUUCAAGCCGCGUUGCCGACAUGCUGGAGGUGGUCGGCGAGCGAGUCGGCGGGUGGUGCGGCCGCGACUCCAACUCGCUGCGGCAGGCGGUGCGCGCGCGCCGCCGGCACCACAACGACAUCUAUACCAAACUUGAUCAAGAAAGGACGACAAGAGCAUCGUCCCUGUUUCGCGUAAAAGAAGGCCCAGUGGUCCCCGCGCCGCAGCCCGCCACACGGCCUCCCGCCGGCCUCGCUUGUGCCCGCUGCGCUCCUGUGUCCAGGGAAUCAUGGCAGGACCCCAAAGCCGUAGACACGGGGGCUGUCAUAAACAUCCUCGACAUCGGUCAACAGAAUUUUGCAAAUGGCGGCGUCGUGUCGCGCUGCCUCUGCGACUUAGCACAAUGCUGUAAUCUCAGCAAUUACGACUACAAAGAUAUGGUUCCUGAGGUAUUAAAAGACGAGAGCUUCCAACAAGCCGUCGAAAAAUCAGCACUAAACGAAGUCGAGAAUAAAGGCUCGGGCGAUUCCGUUACUCCAGAGCUCAGGCGAAGAGUGGAAGCCAGGGCCAAGAAGGUGCUCAUGGAUAUCAGCUCUGCCAUGUCUAACAGGGUUCUCAAAAUUGUUGCAUGGUUGUGUCACAAAGCCGUCCGUCGGAUCGCAGGCGGUGGCUGCGGCACGCGAGCGGCGUGCGUCGAGCGUCUCCGCCGCGCUAAAACCGCCGGGUUACCGCUCAUCUUCGUGCCUCUACACAGGUCUCACCUCGACUACAUCCUCGUCACCUUCACAUUGUACUUGACUGGUCUCCGGCCGCCGCUGGUCGCCGCCGGUGACAACAUGAGGAUACCCUUCUUUGGUUGGUUCCUCCGAGGUUGUGGCGCUUUCUACAUCAGACGCAGGGUGGACGGCUCAGAGUACCACGGAGACCAAGUAUACAAGACUGCACUAAGAUCUUACAUUUUAAAUAGUUUAGCGGCUAAGAAUAAUCUAGAAUUCUUUAUUGAGGGAGGAAGGACUAGGACUGGAAAACCGCAACCACCAAAAGCGGGCAUCUUAUCAGUCAUAAUGGACGCAUACCUCGACGGCACCAUAGACGACGCACUUUUAGUGCCAGUGACACUGAACUACGACCGUCUGGUGGACGGUAACUUCGUGAGAGAGCAGCUCGGCAUGCCCAAACAGAUGGAGACCUUCUGGACAGCCCUCAGGGGCAUCUGGAGGACGCUCAAUACGAACCACGGCAGCAUUCGAGUAGAUUUUAAUCAGCCUUUGUCGCUUAAGGAACUAGCAACGUCGUUCCAAAACUACAACUACCUGAAAGCGCCCAUCGAGAGCACCCUGACCCCGCCCAACAACAACUUGGCCGUCAACUUGGACCGCCAGAUCUUAUACAACCACAGCCACAGCAGCAUGUACGGGGCAGAUGUGAGCGUCGACCAUAAGAUGAUGGUGGAGGCCAUAGGACGGCAUCUAGUCUAUGACGCGGCACAAGCAACAGCCUUCAUGUGCACAAACGUAGUCUCCUACGUGCUUCUAACGGAACACAGACGGGGCUGCACCCUCAAGCAACUGAGCCACGCGGUCGCCAUGAGAGGCGCGGCCUUGAGCAGGGACGGACGAGAUUUAGGAUAUACGGGAGAAGCGCCCACGUUACUGAAACAUGCGUUGGACAUGUUGGGCCGCAGCUUGGUCAGACGAGAAGGUUCAGGGGAGAAGCAACGAGUACGUCCGCAGAGAUCUAUAGCCGCUUCACUGGAGCUGGCUUACUACAGUAAUACCGUCGCGGCCCACUAUGCCGCGCCAGCUAUCGUCGCAACGGCGCUUGAAAGCAUAAUCAGACAGCCAAACGCAGACCAGGAGAUCAUAAGGCAUACAGAGCUAAUGGAAGCAUCGCUACAGCUCUGCGAGAUUCUCAGCCAAGAGUUCAUUCUCUGCGCGCCGUGCCACCGAGUGGAGGAAACUAUGAUGAGGGCGUUAGAGUCGCUUAUAGCCAGCGAAGUUAUCACACCUGUGGAAAGCAACAGCGGACUAGAAGAGCAGCAGUGGUCGCGGCGGUUCGCGCGGACACUGGACGAUGAGGAGAUCGAAGAUGACGACCGACCAGAUCCCACGCUCAGGAUCAAGUACCGCGUCUCACAGCGGCCAGAGGCGCUCCUAGAACGCACGCGGCUGCUGCGCACGCUGCGGCCGCUGCUGGAGGGCUACGCGGCGGCGGGGCGCGGGCUGCGCGCGGGCUCGCAGAAGGACCUCAUCAAGGCCACGCUCGACGACCUCACUGAAGACUACACGCAGCACAAGAUGCUAUACGGCGAGGCGAUAUCCACCGACGCGAUCCGCAACUGCUGGCGCCUCCUGAAGCAGUGGGGCGUCAUCGAGCUGUACACGCACAACAAGGUGCGCAUGCUCCGCGUCGUGCCGCCGUACGAUGCCCAAUCGCGUCGCGACGCCGUGUGCGAACACUUGUACAAGUUCAACGUGCAGAGCCCGCUGCUGUGAUAGUGACAGUGAUAGUAACGUAACAUGUGUCCUUGGAUCUACAAUCUACAUUGGCUGGCGAAACCAAUGCUAAUCAUCCGACAAUCCAUCGCGAAAUUUCACAAGCCACUUAAAACUGCACAUUCACGACAAAGUGCGCUGUAUGAUGCCCAACCGCGUCGUGAUGCCCGUGUGCGAACACUUGUUCAGCGUGCAGAGCCCGCUGCUGUGAUACUAACGUAAUAUAUGUCCUUGGAUCUACAACCUACAGAAACCAAUGGUAACUGACGAUCAACCGACAAUCCAUCGCGGAAAUUUCACAAGCCACUUAAAACUGCACAUUCACGACAAAGUGCGCUGUAUGAUGCCCAACCGCGUCGUGACGCCGUGUGCGAACACUUGUUCAGCGUGCAGAGCCCGCUGCUGUGAUAGUGACAAUGAUGGUAACGUAACGUGUCCUGAUAUUGAAUCGACAAUCUACGUUGGUUACGAGAUAACUUAUUUUGAAAUGGGCUAGAAUCUGAAACGAAGCCAAAUGACACAAAGCACUUGUUAUCUAUUGAACAUGUAAACCAUAUAUUCUAUCACGGGGAUAAUAUGUGACAAAUAAAGACAGUAACGUUUAAAACAGACAAGACAGUUCGGUUAAAUGAAUAGAAGACUAAAAGCAACCUUUAAAACUGUCAUAUUUAGAUGUAUAUCUAACUAUUGACCUCGCAAUGUUGAAAAACAUCCUGAGGUUUCAAACUGAUACAAUAUGUAGUCAACGGUCUAAAGGGUAAGACAUUCAUAAGAUAGUAUGUGAUGUAGUGUAACUUGCCCUUAAGAAGAAAUGAUAGCUGGUACAUAAUAUACGUUAUUUUAUUUUUUAUUGUAAACGCUUCGGCUGUGGAAUGAGCUCCCUGCCGAGGUUUUCCCGAGGGGCUACAGUAUGGGGUUCUUCAAAAAAGGAGUGUACAGGUUUUUAAAGGGUCGGCAACGCGCGUGUAAUAUCUUCGGUGUUGCAGGCGUCCAUAGGCUAUGGUAACUGCUUACCAUCAGGCGGGCCGUAUGCUUGAUUGCCACCGACGUGGUAUAAAAAAAAAAAAACGCCAACUAUCGUUUCUUCUUUAUAAGCAGUAGUUUUCUGGGUUUUUACAGUACAACAUAUAAACAUACGCAAGCGCGUAUUUAUUUUGUACAUGUAUAAGUAGUAAGUAAAACUGAAAAAGGAAUUUGUUUAAAUUCCUUAACGAAUUUUUGACGUAAUGAUUUCGUGUCGGGUCAUUGCAAUUUUAAAUGUUCUUACCAUAACCAUGUUUUGUAGAUGAUUAUACCAUAGACAAAUUAAAUAUGAUAAUUGUAGGUACGGUAUAAGUAGUAAUAUUGACAAUUGAAAUAGAUGUUACUGUAUGGUACUGACUGUAUUAUUUGUGGUGAAUAUCUGCAAAAUAUGUGACGUUUUCGACCAAAAGGUACCACAUUGUCGCUUGUUGAUAAGGUUGAUUUCUAAUUGAAGCUAUAUGGAAAUAGCUCCUUACUGACAAGCGACAAUAAGUACCGUUUUGGUUGAAAAUGGCACAUAUAUGCAGCGCCAUCUAGUUAAACUAUCAUAAUCACUACGUCAUAUUGUACGCCUCCACAUUUUUGGUUUGUUUAUGAUUUAAAAUAAGAGGUAUAUAAUAGUUUAAUUUCCAUGCAUUAUGUUGUUUUUAUUAAGUUGUGUGUGAGUGUAUUUUGACUGAGAUUGCUCAAAGAUUGGAGCCAAAAAUAUGUCUAAUAUUUAUCUGUGAUGUUAUGUUGUCACAGCGUAAAUAUUACAAAUUGUCCUCUUUAAAAUAUCGUAUCGUAUAAGGACAAGACAAGUUAUGUCAAUUAUAAUCCUUAUCGCAUAAACCUCUUAAGGGCCACCAUACAAAAUUUUCCUGUUUUUUAUUUAAACCUUGUUGUACUAUACAACCCAAUUCAUCCCAAUUUACUACAAUAGUAAAUUGGGAUGAAUUUAUUUUGUUUAACCUCUAGCGGCAGGCUAGGAAAAUUGGCAGUCACCAAAGUCAUGGCAAAAAAGAAUAGGGGAUAUUACUGCAAUGUUCUGCUACCAGAGUACAGGACUAGCCCUAUGGAUGGUAUAGAAAGGAUACCAAUCUCUUAUGGCAGAAUUGUUGAAAAAGUGACCGCUUUCAGCUUUAAAUAAUAGUUCCUAAUCUCUCCGGUGGCGCUAGUUAGGCUCUGGGACACGAGUAUAACAUGAACCAACAAAUAACCUGACCAAAUUACGUAGGUUGUUUUUGGUAGUAUUUCGGUGUAUGGUGGCGCCGCCUAAUUACUGUUUUUUGAUGGACACUUUUCAUACAUAGAGAUUUGGCUCCUUUAUAUAGUCUCCAUGACUAGCCCUUUUAGUAAACCAUAAAGUAACUUAUACAUACUGUACCUUUAACAGGUUUUUGACAAGUUUUUAGAGAUAAUAAAAUAUGACAUUGAUGCAUCAAGGCGGUUUGUUUACAGAGGACCUACCGGGAAACGCAAAUCCGAAAAUUUUCUAUCUGCCCCUUUAUCGCUCGAAUAUGCAAGUGACAGAGAUGUUAGAUAAAGAAAUUUUCUUGUUUCACGAUAGACCCUCAGAUUGUGGUAGUGGCGCCCUAGCGCCCCCUACGCAGUGUCGCAUAAUAUUCCCUAUUAAAAAACAUUAAAAGUAGAACAAAAUUUAAAAGUAGUGUUUUCAUACGCUGACAUUCUAUAUUUGUGCCAUUUUCAACCAAAAGGCCAUUUUCAAUUAUUGUCGCUUGUCAGUAAGGCGCUAUUUUCAUAUAGCUUCAAUUAGAAAUCAACCUUAUCGACAAGCGACAAUGUGGUACCUUUUGGUUGAAAACGUCACAUUUGAAUUUCAACUUAAUGUCUGCAAUAAUGUUUACGAAUUAUCACUUACAGUUUGGCUCAGGACUGUCUCAUUUCAAACAUAGACAGAGAGAAUCAUACUGUCUUUGUCUGACGCUAUUACUAGCACCCACAAGAAAGGGAUGGGUAUAAUGUUCCUGGUUCUUACUGACUGACAAGUGUUUGCAAGACAUCAAUACGAUGGGCACUUAUUAAAAAUCGAAUGAAGUUUUACGAUGUGAUCUCACGAUUGGAAUGUGUUGUAAGUCCUAACUUGUAGCAUUUGUCUUUGAUUCAUGGCUGGCCGUUGAGACUUGCGUGUUUGACAUACAGUUUAAACCGCUUAAUACGAUUUCCCGCGUAAUACGCUAUUUUACAUUGGUCUGCAAUUUUUUUCAAUUUCUCGUCCUCCUUUUUGUUCGGAAUCGUAUUAAACGGAUUUUACUGAAUUUGAAAAUCGUCUUGUGGGGCUAUUUAGAACGAAAAUAAUAAGUGGAGUAUUUUUUUACAUUGCAAUAAUUUAAAUGUAAAUACAUUAUAUAAUGUGUCACAGUUACUGCUAUAAGUUUUAAGAUAUCUAGAGCUCUAAUCUACAAUAUCACCAACGGUGGCAACCAAAACGCCGAUCCCUGCUCAAAACUUAUUAAUUCUCGCAGUCUCAAAUAGCCCCGCGAAACGAAACUUUUGUAUUAAGAAUAUCGAAAUACUCUAAGAUUUAAUGGAAAUUAGAAUAACGGUAGCUGGUGUACUCGUUUCUGAGAAAUGGAGGAACAAAAGAUGAAAUAAACGAAUCUUUGCAGAAA